AUGCAUCUCAGACGCCAGGCAAUCACUCUUCGGCGAGAGCCAACGCCCCCCAAGCCCCCCGAGGGCUUCUUCCGACUGCCGUGGGAGUUGCGGCAGCAUAUUUAUGAGCUCAGCCUGAUCGAGCUACCACGGUGGGAGAAGAUUCACAAGGCCGACUGCAGCCUGAUUGCCUCAGAUCUGUACUCGUGCGAGCGGCCACCCUUUGUCGACAAGGACCUCAUCUACUCACCACUCGACGACUGCAACUGCGCUAAGCGACAUAGUCUCAAUGUCCUUCUCGCCAACCGGCAGGUCCACCGCGAGGCGGCCCCUGUCCUGUGGUCGCGCAACGUGUUUUGUUUCCACCGGGGUGGGCAUUUCGUCAACGACGUGGGCGAGAAUCUGCGGCCAGCGCACCGCCUGAUGCUGCGGCAUGUGUCGAUCUUGAUGUACACAAACGACUCGCUGCCCAACGAGAACGAGAAGUGUUUCACCCAGACAUACACCAGCGAUUUGUGGAAUACCAUCCUGCAGUGCAACAGCCUGCGCACGCUCGAGGUCAGCCACGUCCUGUGCGGUAAACAACAGGCGGACCACUUCAAGCGUCUGCGAAAACAGCUGCCCCUGCUCGAAUCGUUCCAUCUGACCACACUCAUGGGCUACAAGGUGUGGCCGCGGCGCGACCAGAGCGAGCCCGUCCGCCGCCGGCCGUCGCCAAGGGAGGCGGCGACCGGCAACAACAACGGCAACAACAACUCGACAACUACCGCCGAUCAUGCCUUUACCCCUUUCCACGACGUCACACCCGCACCGCCACCGCCACCACCAGCCGAGCACUACUUGGUGCUGAACCCAAACGUGGCCGGCUACGACUACAGCUACAUUCGUGACGUGUCGCGGACGUUGUGGUUCAAGGCGGGUCUGGACGUCGACGUCGACGCCCUCUGUGACGCCCUCGCCACAGGGCCCGGCGCCUACACCGACCUCCUACGGAACUUCCGCACCAACUUCCUCGUACACUUGCGCUUCGCGCUGGCCCGGCUGCCCGAGGCCUGGGCGCGUGACCACCCGCCAGGCCGGCCGUACCAGCCGCUGCCCCGCCGCGCCGUCGACCAGCGCGUGGCGCCCAACUCCAACUCGGACAACCCCCGCCUGCCCGCCUGGGACCCCAUGCACGGUGCCUCCGUAUACAACCCCAAGGCCAUCCGGCUCGUGUCGGCGCGCAUCCCCGCGCACAUGCGCGACGCGCCCGUCCACCAGGCCGUCACGCUCCGUGACGGUCGGUCCUUGUCCGUGCAGAUUAUGGGUUUGCCCAUCAGCAACGCCCUCCGGAUCCAGCGGUUCCGGGAGCGCCAGCGCAUCGCGCACCGGGCGCACGCCGCCGGGACGCUGACGGCCCGCGAGGCGGCCGCCGAAAAACUGGACCAGGAGCGCCGCCAGGAACGCCGCGCCACCAAGGCAGCCACGCUCCUGCACAAUAGGUUGCGCGAACUGAAAACGGAGAUGGACGACCGCUGCAGGCGCAACAUGGACCGCGAAGCGGCGCGCAAGACCGAUGCGCGCGUGGCACGGGCGGACGCGCAGGCACGUGCAGCAGAGCAGCGGGAGGAGGUGCUCGCGCAGCGGCAGGCGGCACGGAAACGCGUCAGCUCGAGCUUGAGCCACAUGGACGGCAACGGCGACGACGACGACAGCGACGACAACGACGAAUCCAGUGGCAACGAGAGCGGCAACGAGAGCGGCACCGAGGAGCACAACCGCGCAUUGCCUUGGCCGCGGCAGAAGCAGGCCGAGGCGCGAGGGGUCAAGAAGGGCCCCAAGAACGAAAAGCAGGGCCAGCGAGUCGGCUCGAAGGCGUCGCGAGACCCGGCACGCGCCGAGAUUGCGUACUGGAUGCGGAGCGGGGAGCUCAGCGACUGA